AUGCGGUGUAAUCGAAAUGUCAUCUGCCGGAGUCUAGCAAAUAGCAGCUAUGGAAUAAAGAGAAAAUCACCACUUCAAAACCUGCAUCUUGUUUCCCGAAGUAUACAUCAUCCCUACUAUCCAAGUACAAAGUUCCAGAGACCUCCAUUAAGGAUAUCCAUUCAGCAGUACUCUUCUCUGAAUCGUCUUCCCCUUCACAAAACAAAACUUUUAAAUGCAAAACAUGGAUACCAGUCCCACAGGAACUUUUGGCUGGCCAGAUUAGCCUCCAGGCUUCUCAAAGUUCGCUAUCUUAUCUUAGGAUCUGCAGUAGGAGGUGGCUACACAGCUAAGAAGACAUAUGAGCAGUGGAAGGACAUGAUACCAGAUCUGGAUGACUAUAAGUGGAUUGUUCCUGACUUCGUUUGGGAUCUUGAUGAACUUGUUGACAUCGAAAAACUUCUCAAAGCCCUCCCUGAUGCAGAUGACCUUGCCAAACUUAUGCCUGACUUUGACAAGAUUGGAGAGAGCCUAGCUUCACUGAAAGGAUUUCUUUCUCCUGGUUACAAUUUGGUUAGUGAAGUCAUAGGAGCUUCUGAUCUACUUCUGUUGUUAGGUUCUCCAGGAGAAACAGCAUUCCGGGCUACUGACCAGGGAUAUGACAAUGACAAACAGUUCAAGAAGGGCCUGCUUGGGGAGCUCAUUCUGUUACAACAGCAAAUCCAGCAGCACGAAGAGGAAGCGCGCAGAGCUGCUGGCUUCUCUUCCCAGCAGAAGCGAAAGGUUUCUGACAAAGAGAAGAUUGAUCAACUUCAAGAAGAGCUUCUACGCACUCAGCUCAAGUACCAAAGAAUGCUUGAGCGACUAGAGAAGGAGAACAAAGAAUUAAGAAAAUUGGUACUGCAAAGAGAUGACAAGGGAAUUCAUCAGAGGAAGUUAAAGAAGUCCUUGAUUGAUAUGUAUUCUGAAGUACUUGACAUCCUGUCUGAUUAUGAUGCCAGUUAUAACACUCAAGAUCACCUACCUCGAGUGGUGGUGGUUGGAGAUCAAAGUGCAGGAAAAACCAGCGUGUUAGAAAUGAUUGCACAGGCCCGCAUAUUCCCUCGAGGCUCUGGGGAGAUGAUGACUCGUUCCCCUGUCAAGGUAACCCUUAGUGAAGGUCCCCACCAUGUGGCUUUAUUCAAAGACAGCUCUCGGGAGUUUGAUCUGACCAAAGAGGAGGAUCUUGCAGCUUUGAGAAAUGAAAUAGAAAUCAGAAUGAGAAAUAGUGUGAAAGAAGGGUGCACUGUUAGCACUGAGACCAUCUCCUUAAGUGUGAAAGGUCCUGGUUUGCAGCGAAUGGUAUUGGUUGAUUUACCUGGAGUCAUUAGUACUGUGACAUCGGGUAUGGCUCCAGAUACAAAGGAAACUAUCUUUAGCAUCAGCAAGGCCUACAUGCAGAAUCCUAAUGCCAUCAUCCUCUGUAUUCAAGAUGGCUCAGUAGAUGCGGAACGCAGUAUUGUCACUGACUUAGUCAGCCAAAUGGAUCCCCAAGGAAAAAGGACAAUAUUUGUGUUGACUAAGGUUGAUCUUGCAGAGAAAAAUGUGGCUAGUCCAAACAGGAUCCAGCAAAUCAUUGAAGGCAAACUCUUCCCAAUGAAAGCUUUGGGUUAUUUUGCAGUUGUUACUGGAAAAGGAAACAGCAGUGAAAGCAUUGAAUCUAUUAAAGAAUAUGAAGAGGAAUUUUUUCAAAAUUCAAAGCUGUUAAAGACAAGUAUGCUGAAAGCGCAUCAGGUAACAACCAAGAACUUAAGUCUUGCUGUGUCAGACUGCUUUUGGAAAAUGGUGAGAGAGUCUGUGGAGCAGCAAGCAGAUGCUUUUAAAGCCACACGUUUCAAUCUUGAGACGGAAUGGAAGAACAAUUACCCCCGGUUGCGAGAGCUUGACAGGAAUGAACUGUUUGAGAAAGCAAAGAAUGAGAUUCUUGAUGAAGUCAUAAGUUUGACUCAAGUCACACCAAAGCACUGGGAGGAGAUGCUUGAGAAAACUUUAUGGGAAAGGGUGUCUACUCAUGUGAUUGAGAACAUAUACCUGCCAGCAGCACAGACUGCAAACUCAGGAACAUUUAACACCACUGUGGACAUCAAACUGAAGCAGUGGACUGACAAGCAACUGCCUAAUAAAGCAGUAGAGGUGGCAUGGGAGACUUUGCAAGAAGAAUUUUCCCGUUUCAUGACAGAAAGAAGAGGAAAAGAGCAUGAUGAUAUCUUUGAUAAACUGAAGCAAGCUGUCAAAGAAGAAACUAUUAAGCGACAUAAAUGGAAUGAGAGAGCAGAGGAUAGCCUGCGGGUGAUCCAGCACAAUGCUUUAGAAGAUCGGUCAAUAUCUGAUAAACAGCAGUGGGAUGCAGCCAUUCAUUUCAUGGAAGAGACGCUCCAAAGUCGCCUCAAAGACACUGAAUCUGUUAUUGAAGAUAUGGUUGGUCCAAACUGGAAAAAAAGAUGGUUGCACUGGGUAGGCCGCACCAAAGAACAGAGUAUUCGUAAUGAAACAAAAAACGAACUUGAGAAAUUGAUCAAGUGCAAUGAAGAUCAUCCAGCUUAUCUGGCAAAUGAUGAAGUGACGACUGUCAGAAAGAAUCUGGAAGCAAGAGGAGUAGCAGUGGAUCCAUGUCUGAUUAAAGACACAUGGCACCAAAUUUAUAGAAGAUACUUCCUGAAGUCUGCUUUGAACCACUGCAAUCUGUGUCGAAGAGGCUUCUAUUAUUAUCAGAGGCAUUUUGUGGACUCAGAGCUCGAAUGUAAUGACAUCGUCCUCUUCUGGCGAAUACAGCGAAUGCUGGCGAUUACAGCAAAUACACUGAGGCAGCAGCUCACUAACACUGAAGUAAGGCGCUUGGAGAAGAAUGUAAAGGAAGUGCUUGAAGAUUUUGCUGAAGACAAUGAAAAAAAGGUGAAGCUCCUAACUGGCAAGAGAGUCCAGCUUGCAGAGGAUCUCAAAAAAGUUCGGGAAAUCCAGGAGAAACUUGAAGCCUUCAUAGAAGCCCUCCAUCAAGAAAAGUAAAUUGUUCAAGCAGCAACUUUACACAAGAAUGCAGCCUUCUCCAGGAUAUCUUACACAAAGACUGAAUUGAAAUGGCUUUUGUGUCCCGUUCUUUUUCCUGUCUUUUGGGGAGCAUCCUGAAAUGUUGAAGGAGAAAGAAAAUUAUGUCUUGUGGGAUUGAGAAGUUAAAAUCCACCUGCUCAUUUAAUUUUUGAAGCUACAUGCGCAGAAGAAUCUGAUUUGUCUAUUAAUGAGAUAGCUUGGGAGCUUGCUGAAGUUGUACAUUUAAGUUUUUUUUUCCUGAAAGGGAAAAAAGAUUUUUAUUUUUAGUGUCUUGUAUGGUAGAGCUGGAUCAGAUUUAUAAAAGGAUUUUAUCUGUUGUCAUUUUCUUGCCUGCAGAUAAUGCUGGGAGUUUGAUAUAAUGUUUUAGUAUUUGUAUGUACAUUAAAAUGCCCUUCUAAGU